AUGGCUCCUCGUUUGGUUGACCCAGCACCGGCUGCCGACGUCCCCCUAGCGACAGAAUCGCUCAGCGAGCGGGCGGAGGCCGUUGCGGCGGAGAGAGAUGUGCGGGCGGGUGUGGGGUUAGCGGAGGGAAAGGGGCGAGGCAGGGCGGGCGCGGCGGAUAGUGGGGAAGGGGAUGACGUGGGGUCGGGGGCUGGCGCGGCGGGUGUAGAUUUGCGCCUGGAGAAAGAACCGGACGAAUGGGGAAGGUGGGGGGGAGGGCUGGGGACGAGAAACGGCGGGUUCAGUGUGAUUCUAAGCAGAGGUGACUCAAUCGAAGAUCGAGUGGUGAGCCUAGGAGGGCCAUCAACAGCAGCAGGCGGUGAGCCUAUGCCCCCAUCAGCAGCCGUGGCACGAGAGUCAGCACGAGCGGGGCACAUGGGGUCUGAGGCAGUCCGACCAGCACCAUCCGCGCUAUCGUCGUUAUCCUCCUCCUCCUCCUCUGCCUCCUCCGCCUGCUCCUCCCCGCCCAGGCUGUGGCGCCUGGCGUUGCUGGGUGGGUGGGUGCUCUUCCCUGCAGCACGCGCGAAUCCACCACACCUCCACCCGUCUCUUCCUGCCUUUCUCCCUCUCCAAUUCUUUCUUACACCAGUUUCCAUCCGCCUUCCUUUUCCCCAUUUCUCACCCACUCUCCCACCUCCUGCCACACGCUGUCCCUCCCGCACACUUCAGAGAGGAGCACUGACAGAGCGAGUGCUGCAGGUGUUCCGGGCGACAAAGCACCCACUAGUGGAGGAGGCGGUGGUGCUGCUGGGGCUCACCCACCACUCCCCCGCACCGAUCCUCCCCACUCGUACGCUCUUAGCUGCUAAUGUGCCAAUUACAGUCUCUCUGCCUGCUCCCUGCACUCUCUCUGCCUCGCGUCUCUCUUGUUGUGGUGCUGCUGUCCCUCACCUACCACUCCCCUGCGGCCAUCCUCCCCACUAA